GGCUGUCCACGAGCCGCAGGCAAAAUGGGUGAGUUCCUUAUUUUGCUUCCGCCUUUGCCCGUCCACGAAGAAAAAUUGAUCCUCUCUGUCUUUGUCUCUCUCUCUCUCACCAUCGGCUUUACUGCAAUUGAACGUCUGACGAACAGUCAAACCCCUUCAAUACAGCAUAAAUCUCUGAUUUUCUAAUUGGGCAGAGUGGGAGAGAUUGGAGAUUCAUGCAAGAUAAGCCUCCUGCUUAUGUGGUUAGAGGGUUGUUAUUCAUUUGUGUACACAAGUCUUUCUGGAUUUUGUUUUUGUAUUUUUAGUAAGUUUUUUCUUUAAAGAUUCUCGCCUGGUUUUUGUCACGUCGGGGAAUUUUGGGGAAGAUAUUUUGGAGUGUCACUCGCUGAAGCGCGGUGAAGAUGUCGAGUUUUGUUGGUGUUCUUGUUUCUGAUCAAUGGCUUCAAAGCCAGUUCACUCAGGUUGAACUUCGGAGUCUCAAAUCCAAAUUUGUUGCAAUAAAGAAUCAAAAAGGUAAAGUUACUGUCAGAGACUUGCCACCUUUAAUGGCCAAACUGAAAGCUUUGCGGGAGAUGUUUCCUGAGGAGGAGAUUGGUAAUAUCUUGGAAGAGAUGGGUUUCCAUAUGAAUGAUGAAAUUGAUUUUGAAGCCUUCCUCAAGGCAUUUUUGAACUUCCAAUCUCGAGCUACUGCAAAAUUGGGUUGCUCGGGAAGUUCUUCUUCAUUCCUUAAGGCAACCACAACAACUCUUCUUCAUACUAUUAGUGAAUCAGAGAAGGAAUCUUAUGUUGCUCACAUCAAUAGCUAUCUUGGGGAUGACCCAUUUUUAAAGAAAUAUCUUCCUUUAGAUCCAGCGACAAAUGAUAUAUUUGACCUUGCAAAAGAUGGAGUUCUCUUAUGUAAGCUUAUCAAUGUUGCUGUGCCGGGGACAAUAGAUGAACGAGCUAUUAACACAAAACGGGUCCUCAACCCAUGGGAGAGGAAUGAGAACCAUACCCUUUGUCUCAACUCUGCCAAGGCUAUUGGCUGCACAGUGGUUAACAUUGGCACGCAAGACUUGGUUGAAGGAAGACCCCAUUUGAUACUUGGGUUGAUUUCUCAAAUUAUAAAGAUCCAACUGUUAGCAGAUCUUAACCUCAAGAAGACGCCACAGCUUGUGGAAUUAGUGGAUGAUAGCAAGGAUGUUGAGGAGCUUAUGGGCUUAGCCCCUGAGAAGGUCUUAUUGAAAUGGAUGAAUUUCCAUCUCCAGAAAGCAGGCUACAAGAAACCUGUUACAAAUUUUUCUUCGGAUGUAAAGGAUGGAGAGGCUUAUGCUUACUUGCUUAAUGUUCUUGCGCCAGAACACUGCAGUCCAUCUACAUUGGAUACCAAAGAUGCUGCUGAAAGGGCUAAACUUGUACUUGAGCAUGCAGAGAGAAUGAAUUGCAAAAGAUAUUUAACUCCGAAAGAUAUUGUUGAAGGCUCAACAAAUUUGAAUCUUGGAUUUGUCGCGCAGAUAUUCCAUCAUAGGAAUGGCUUAUCUACAGACAGCAAAAAAAUUUCCUUUGCUGAGAUGAUGACAGAUGAUGUGCUGAUAUCUAGAGAAGAAAGAUGCUUCCGACUGUGGAUCAACAGCCUUGGAAUUGCCACUUAUGUCAAUAAUUUGUUUGAGGAUGUAAGAAAUGGAUGGAUACUUUUGGAAGUGCUUGAUAAGGUUUUUCCAGGUUCAGUUAACUGGAAGCUGGCAUCGAGGCCUCCCAUUAAGAUGCCAUUUAGAAAAGUGGAGAAUUGCAAUCAAGUUAUAAAGAUUGGAAAGCAAUUGAAAUUUUCCCUAGUAAAUGUGGCUGGAAAUGAUAUUGUGCAAGGAAAUAAGAAGCUCAUACUAGCUUUCCUGUGGCAGUUGAUGAGGUUUAAUAUGCUUCAACUCCUGAAAAACUUGAGAUUCCACUCACAUGGGAGGGAAAUAACUGAUGCUGAUAUCCUGAAUUGGGCAAACAACAAAGUGAAGAGCACAGGCAGAACCUCUCAAAUGGAGAGUUUCAAGGAUAAGAACCUGUCAAAUGGGAUAUUCUUCCUUGAGCUUCUUAGUGCUGUAGAGCCAAGGGUUGUCAACUGGAACCUUGUUACCAAGGGUGAAAGCGAGGAUGAAAAGAAGCUGAAUGCUACAUACAUAAUCAGUGUUGCACGAAAGCUUGGGUGUUCCAUUUUUCUGUUGCCAGAGGACAUCAUGGAGGUGAACCAGAAGAUGAUUCUCACUCUAGCUGCCAGUGUUAUGUACUGGAGCCUGCAGCAACCAGCUGAAGAGUCAGCCACAUCUCCAUCACCUGUUAACACAAAUACUUCUGCUGCGACUACUCCUGAUGCAUCUCCCGCACCAUCCAUCAAUGGUGAGGAUGAAAACUCUUUGGGUGGUGAAGUCUCCACAACAACGUCCAUAGAUGGUGAGGAUGAGGGCUCCCUAGUUGGUGAAAUCUCGACACCAUCCAUCAACGGAAUUCCAGCCACCAAUGAACCUUUCGGAUCCCCUAGUGCGACACCAAAUUUACGGAUCAGCGUCCUCGGCCCCCAAGUCUCACUGAUCAAGGUAAAGUACGAAUGCGAACACGACUUUCAUGCAUCAGUUGGACGUUCGGUUAACUCGGGACACAUCUUCAUUAGCAUCCACGGUUUCGUCUAACUCACAGAGAAUUCUCACCAUCCACGGUCCCCGCUAGCUCACAGAGCGAACUCUCACCAUCCAUGAUUCCCGUUGACUCACAGAAUAAAUUCUCACAAUCCACAGGUAUAGCUGGUCUGGAAUUGAAAUGGGUCAGUCGGCUGAGCAUUGUCAGUCGGUUGAGUGAUUUCAGUUCAUUAUGUCAGUCGGCUGAAUAGUUAACUUAACUGUUGAUUUUCGGUCGGUCGGUUGAGUAAACCCAGUGUUUUACUAGUUAGUCGGCUGACCCAUCAUCUUUUUGGUUUUUUUCAUUUUUAGAUUCUAAAUUUAUGAAGGCCUAUGAAAAUUUUUGUACGAGAUCAUUCUUGAAUAAGAAAUAAUUAAAU